AUGACGUCUGCCCUCGAAAAAUACUAUACGACAAACUAUUCCCAAUGCAAUCUCGAGUAUAGUUUUCUGGCGUCAUGGAAAGGAGUUGCCUAUCCUUCACAUGUUAUUCAAUUCAUAUCACUUCCAUUUCAAAUUUUAGCAUUUUAUGUUAUCAUCUUCAAAACUCCAGUUUCUAUGAAGAACGUCAAACUACCACUGCUGGUUAAUCUUUUUUUUCUGUGCACAACUUGAUAUAGCAGUGUGCACAUUUUCAACAGUUUAUCUAUUUCUUCCAAUGUACGGAAUGCUUUUCGUUGGGAUUCUUAGUCUGUUUAGUGUACCAAAUACAGUUCAAUUUCUAAUUGUUUAUUUGACAGCAAUAUACCAAGAGGCAAUCAAGUUAUCCGCAUUAACAGAGUAUCCAUGUCCAACAAAAGAGUUUUUUAUAUCAGAAGUUGCAUUCUUAUUGACUGAUAAAACUCUAAAAGAAAGUUUUAUUUGGCUCGCUCCAAUUGCGGCGUUUCAUUUGUUGAUUUUUCCACUGUUCAAGUGACUACUCUCAUUUACUACAUUUGCAUUGCGCCUUCAAAAACGACUUCAAAAGAUACUCAGAAUAAACAAAAAAUGUUUCUCUUUUGCAUUUUGUUUCAAACUUCUGUUCCGAUAAUUCUUGGUGUUUGCCCAUUGUCUUUAUGCUUUAUUGCCAACGCGAGCGGUCACUAUUCCCAGGAAAUGAUGAAUGUUGUAGUUUGUUGUAUUGGGCUUCACGGUUUUACAAAAAGCAUUGCAAUUGUAACUGUGCACAGACCUUAUAGAAAAGCUGUUCUACAUAUGUUUACCGAGUUCAAAAAAAAGAGAUGUUUGCUUCAAGUGUCACCAUUCCCUGUUAAUCUAACAAGUGUCAGUUUGACGAGAGGAUAAUC